GAUGGGACUCACCAGAUGACUCGCUUGGUGGGAAGUGUGUCGCGAGAUUUCUGUGCCAUACUUAGCCGAGGUGGUUAUGUAGCAAGCCUCACUGCAGAUCACCGAGAUCGACCAACGGAUUGGCCUCUGUGAUGAGAUAGAAACACUUGAUCAGGGCGAAUGAAAUCAAGUGGGGUUUUUCGAAGCUCAUCGUAGGUUUGUGUCAUAGAGGUGAAAGCCAGGGGAGAGAUCUGGGGUGGCUCCGUGCUUUGCGUUCCGGAGAUGAGACGAGCUUCCACGUUGAAGGAAGCUCAGCAGCAUUUUUACGGAUCUAGAGAUGCUCGUGUUCACAAAGUAGUUGUUUCAUUUUGUAGCUGAUCAAUCGAUGAUGUUUCCCUUCUGCAUUGUAGCUUCUGAUCCCUAGAUCGCUGGGGCUUUUGAGCACCUUCGCGCAGUUGAGCCGUUGAUCCAGGCGAGCUCCGUCGUAGUGAAUUUUGCUUGUGUUCUGCAGCCUUGAUGGAAAUUAGGAAUCGGCAGAUUUCUUGGUGAGAGAGGAUUGCAAUUUGUCUUCCGGUGGAGUUUAAGGAAGACUUAGUAGCGCUGCAGUUCUCAGAUAAGGUGGCGAGAGGGUCGUCGUUCAGGAAUGUGCCCAGGUUUGCAACGUGGAAGGCCGACUAAGGUUCAAGUGUGACAAGAAGACCGCAACAAUAUGGAGCAGUGAAUUGAGCAGACCUGUGAUGGACACUCUACAGGUGAUUGUCAUACGAGGUGACCGAGUAGCAGAAUUAUCAUUCUCUCCACCAGAAAUAUCAUUGUCCAGUCGAUCGUCUCCCGAUUUUUUGAUGAUAGCCGAAGCUCGCGCACAAUAAAGAUGAGCUGGUGCAUUUCAUCUUAGGUAGGUCUUGCAAGCAGCACGCAGAGCGCUUUCUAGGGUGGAAAUUAGGGUAUGAAGCCCUGGAGAGGACCUUCUGAUUGAUUGCUUAGAAAAGGAAUCCCUUGCACCAUGGACAGGCUUGUAUGCUUAGAUGUGGACGAAGUAAGGAUCCCCUUUGCGCUCGGAAAACGAGUCACAUUCAAGGUCCAAAUCAAGAGCCUGGUCGCUAUCACCCCCGUUGCUUUCAAAGUCCAGACAACAGGUCCGAAGAAGUUUGGCGUGAAGCCGCACAUGGGCAUCCUCAAACCUCUCGGCCACACAACCUUCGACAUCGUAAUGCACCCCCAGUAUGAAGUGCCCGAAGAUUUCCCCGUCUCUCGUGACAAGUUCAUGGUCACCACCAUGAUGAUCCCCCCGGAAGAGCUCCCCCAGAUAUCCCUGGCGACUCUUAGCGACUGGUUCUCUACAAAACGAUACAAGGUCUUCGUCAACGUUAAGAUCCGCGUCAUUUACGUCGGCGGGGAGAUUCUGCGCCUCUCGGCAGCCAAAGGCUCUCGGGAAUCAAUCCAAGACGUUCUCUCGCGAGGCACGAAUGUGAAUUCCAAGGACGAGCAAGGCCGCACGGCGCUCAGCAUCGCAGCAUUAAGGGGAGACCCUCAUAUCGUGCAAGAAUUGCUUGAAGCUGGCGCUGCGGUGGACGGUCCCAGCGGCGCGGGGUUGACGCCACUACAAGAGGCGGCAUUUGCAGGCCACUCCGCGAUCGUAACUCUGUUGUUGAGAGCCAAAGCAGAUAAAGAAAUUCCAUCUCAUCCCCGAGGAUGGACAGCUCUUCAUCUCGCAGCUUCUCGCGGCCGAGUUGGGGUGCUACGGAUUCUUCUCAAAGCGGGGGCUAACGAGAAUGCUCCCGACAUGGACUUCCGUACCCCACUGCACGCCGCGGUAACGGAAGGACACACAAGAGCUGCGCUAAUUCUGCUCCAGCAUGGAGCCGACCUGGAUGUGCAGAGCAUUGAUGGCCGGACGCCAUUGCACUGCGCUGCGCUCCAGGGGCAUCUCUCUGUGAUUGAGCUUCUAAUUGACUGGGGCGCGCAGAAAGAGAUUAAGGACUGCGAGGGGAAGACGCCGUUUGAGCUUGCAGUGGAGAGUGGUCAUACAUACGUGCUGGAUCCCCUCCUUUUAGGCCAAUUCCUUCACAAGGCUGCGAGAGAAGGCAACAUUCAAGCCGUCCAGCGGUGUUUGCUGCAAGGCGCUUUGGUGAACAGCUGCGAUCAGCACGGGUUCACUGCUCUCCACAGAGCGGCUUUCAAAGGUCAUGCGGAUGUGCUGGUAGUGCUCCUUGACCAUGGAGCAGAAGUUAACGCAAGCGAUCGGGAGGGAUACACUGCCCUGCAUUGCGCGGCAAUUUCUGGCCACAUUGACGCUGUCGACGUGCUACUUCAGCAUGGCGCCGAUGUGAACUCUAGGUGUUUAAAGGGCUCUACGCCUUUGCAUGUCUCCUCGGCUAUGAAUUUCGUAGAUGUGGUGUGCUUGUUGCUGGACUACAGCGCGGAUCGCACCAUUCGAGCACUGGAUGGGCGUACCCCUUUCGACAUUGCGGUUGAAUCCCGAAACCAGGAUCUGCUGCCUGUGCUGAAUCUGGACCAGGAAGACGACGACGGAGCCUCGGAGCUUUGCCCUCCGCUUGCGACUAUCUCCCUCAAGGGUAAGGAAAUCCUCAUCUAGUGGAGCGCUUCGGAUGGGGCGUUUCAUGUGGUGCAGAGAGUUUGUAAAUUAGGUUUUGUAGCAAAGAUUUGUGAUGGUUCCUCUGGCAGCGCUGUAGCGGCACCAGUGUAUCUCUGUUGAGAAUGUGGGAGGAGCGUAGGGUGUAGUCACGUAAAGGGUGUUGAAGAUAACUGAUUUGUGUAGGCACAUCGGAUUGAGUACAUAGAAACAAACUUCACUAGCGUGGAGCUUGUCCUGAAGAUUCUGCACAAUUGUGGCUGUUUGAAA